AUGUCUCCACAGGUAAGAAGUAGGAUGGUGUCAGGGGAGGCAGGAGGGCACAGCUACUUGGUGGCGUGCUGGCAGCCCAUCCUGAUCCUGAUGCUGGGCACCGUCCUUUCUGGCUCCACGACCGGUUGCCCCUCCCGAUGUGACUGCAAUGGUCAGGAGCGUUCAGUCGUGUGCCAUCGACGAAGACUGUCAGCUCUUCCUGAGGGCAUUCCCACUGAAACAAGGCUGCUAGACCUUAGCAAGAACCGUCUGAAAACGCUGGGGCCCGAGGAGUUCAUUAAUUACCCUCAGCUAGAAGAGCUGCAACUUAACGAAAACACAAUUUCAUCCAUUGAGCCUGGGGCUUUUAGUAACCUUAUGAACCUUCGAAUUCUAGGUUUGCGCAACAACCAGCUGAAGCUAAUUCAGCUGGGGGUGUUCACAGGCAUGACCAACCUCACCCAGCUGGAUAUCAGUGAGAACAAAAUUGUCAUUCUGCUCGACUAUAUGUUCCAGGAGCUUUACAACCUGAGGGCUCUGGAGGUUGGUGACAAUGACCUAGUAUUCAUCUCACCACGAUCUUUUCAUGGCCUCAGCAACCUUGAAAGUCUCAACAUUGAGGGAUGCAAUCUGGCCUCAGUGCCCACUGAUGCCCUUAGCCAUUUGCAUAACCUGUUGUCACUUCGAUUACGCUAUCUAAAUGUCAGUGUCAUAAGGGAUUAUUCCUUUAAGAGGCUCUAUCGGCUCAGAAUGCUGGAAAUUUCUCAUAUGCCAGCCCUGGAUACCAUGACCCCAAAAUGCUUGCUUGGACUCAACCUCACAUCAUUGUCGAUCACAAACUGUAAUCUUACUGUCAUCCCCUACCAAGCCAUCAGUCACCUAAGAUAUCUUCGGUUUUUGAAUCUGUCUUUCAAUCCCAUUCAUACAGUGGAAGGGAACCAACUGUACAAUCUACAGAAGCUCCAGGCAUUUCAUUUGGCUGGUGGGAGAUUAGGUGCCAUUGAGCCCUACUCUUUCCGAGGACUUAACCACCUCCGUGUACUCAAUGUAUCUAGCAAUAUGUUGAGCACCCUGGAGGAGUCCGUCUUCCACUCGGUGGGAAACCUGGAGACCCUGGCUUUGUAUGACAACCCAUUGGCCUGCGACUGUCGCUUGCUCUGGGUCUUCCGCCGGCGAUGGAGGCUCAACUUUAACAGACAACAGCCCAUGUGUGCUUCACCUGAGGUUGUGCAAGGAAAAGAGUUCAAGGACUUCCCAGACAUCCUCCCUUCUGACUAUUUCAUCUGCCAGAAAUCAAAGAUCCUGGAUUAUAAGGUUCAAGAAAGCCAUGUAGAUGAAGGAACUACGGUUCAUUUUGCAUGCCAAGCUGAGGGUGAUCCAGUUCCUGUAAUAAUGUGGCUAUCCCCAAAGAAGGAAUACAUCACUACCAAAACUGUGGGGUCAAGACUUUCUGUGUCUAAUGAGGGCACAUUGGAGGUGCGUUAUUCCCAAAUCCAGGAUAAUGGCACCUACUUGUGUAUUGCAAGCAAUGCAGCUGGCAAUGACACCAAAGCUGCUCACCUUUUUGUGCAUAGCUACUCCCCCAAUUGGCCCCAUCAGCCAAACAAGACAUUUGCCUUCAUUUCCAACCAACCCAGCGAUGAAGGUGCUAAUGUGACCCGGGCCACAGUUCCAUUUCCGUUUGAUGUAAAGACACUUAUCAUUGCAACAACCAUGGGAUUUAUCUCUUUCCUCGGAGUUGUCCUCUUCUGUCUUGUAAUAUUAUUUCUCUGGAGUAGAGGGAAAAACAAUACCAAGUCAAGUAUAGAGGUUGAAUAUGUGCCACGUAAAGAGGACACAGAGGAGGCCAGUCCAACUGAGGCACCCAUACAAUUCAACAUGAAAAUCAUGUGAACAUCAAAAGGAGGCCAUGUAAGCUUACAAACUGCAGUUGGGAUGCAUACUAUCCUCGCUUCAAAUAUGUACUCAGUUUAUGAGCGAUAGAAAUUGCACAGCAGCAAUCGCAUCUUGACACUAUACCCUAAACAUUUUUUUUUUACUUCAGGGACUGAAUCUUUCAAAUGUUGAAUUUCAAAUAUUCAAAUUUCUGUAAAUUUGUAUUGGCAAUUCUGAAUCAGUAUGUUAACAUGCAACCCCAUUACUGUCUGUAACCAAAUUAAGAUAAUAGUUUGAAUAAAGCACAUGGAUCACAGUAGAAAGAUUUUCCCAAUAAACUACGUUUACAUGAUAGGUCGGUUACUGUCUGGAAGGACGUGUAGAUGAGCUCGCAGGUAUAAUCUUUCUAUCAGCACAAAAUAAGGGAAAUAUCUUGUUGUUAGGAUGUUUAUUCCAGUUUGCUGUCUUUUGCUUUGAUGGAUGUACAAAGCACAAUAACACACUAUAAGAACUAUUACUGUUACCUGAUAUGCCAAGUUGAACACUGUUUUCUUUUGUCCCAGCACAAGCAAUUGACAAGUAUGGGGGACACUUUCAGAUAGAAAAAUUAAUAGAUAGAGAAUAUAGUCAUAUAUUAUAAUAUUGAGAGUUGUAAUUUUGCAGAACAUUUUUUUUUUUUGGAUAGCAGUUCUCUGAAACUAGAAUCAGUUUGUAGGAUAGAGAUAGAGGAGUUGUGUGUCAUUGAGCAGUGGCCUUUAACCAUUUUCCAACAUCAUCAUUAAAUUCUGUUUUGAAGUUUUCUCUGCACACUUUGGCACUGCUCUCUGGAAGACGCCAUGUCCAAAAUUUCAAACAGUAGCCUCUAUCGCCAUUACUUCUCACAAACAAGUAAUUUUGUCAAUUGGGCUUCAAUUUUACUGUGUCUAUCAGUAAUAAUAACUGUAGUAUUUCCUUAAUCUGGUAACAGUUGAAUUAGUACAGUCGAAUUAGAAGUGGGCAUGUUAACACACUGAAUCAGAAAAACAAGCCAGUCCUACAGUAUGUGCUACUUUAUGCCAACAAAGGAAGUUUGUCAUUAAAUGUAUUGACAUGUUCAGCUAUACAUAUUUUUUCUGUAUUUUAUUCGUUCCUUGUACAUUAUGCUAUGGCACAAUAGUAAUGCUUUUAAUGGCUGUGGGUUUUGAACAUAUUACAAUCUAAAGAGCAGAUUUAAUAUUCAGUAAACAUGUUUUUGAUGUAACUAAACCAAACGAGUGUUACUGCUUUUCAGAGUGUAUAAGAGUACCCUUGAAAAUAAUCAGAUUAGCAAUUCAUCAUCAAGUGUAACAAAGUUAAUUUGUUUACUCAUUUGGCAUCUCAAUAAGUGCAAGCUCUCUGUCCAAGUCCUGAGGUUAUAUUGUCACCGGUGCAUCUAAAAAAAAAUGGUGACAUUAUUAAUUUGUUGCCUUAAGUAACCCAUUUUCCAGCUUUCAGACAAGCAAUACCCAAUAUUUAUGUGCAAAAUGGAGUUUUAUGCCUCAUAAGGAUUUUAUGUUGUCUAAUUAAUUUCACAGUCAAGGUCUGCUCUGAUACUGUGUUC